AAAAAAAAAAAAAAAGGUAGCUUUUGAAGUGGCUGCAUUAUUUAUCUGAUGCUGGUGUUGAUAUCUUACCUUCUUGCUGUACCUGUACUAUAAAAUCGGCUACCUCCCUUCAGAAUUUAUGAACAAGCGUACAAAGGGGAGUGAGUGAGUAGUUUAUUGAGGUUGAUCAAUGUCUUCAACUGUGGUGUCUACGAUUUAUGCAGUUUGCAGCAAUAUAACUGGGGUUGCAGGAAACCUCUUUGCUUUUGGAUUGUUCUUGUCACCAAUACCAACUUUUAGGAGAAUCAUCAGAAAUCAGUCAACAGAAGAGUUCUCAGGGAUGCCUUAUGUAUAUGCCCUCUUGAACUGCUUGAUAUGUCUCUGGUAUGGAAUGCCUCUUGUAUCGCCUGGUAUAAUAUUGGUUGCCACAGUCAAUUCCAUUGGGGCUGUUUUCCAAUUAAUUUACAUCAGCAUUUUCAUAAGAUAUGCUGAAAAGACAAAGAAGCUGAAGAUGUUAGGGCUCUUGAUAUCAGUCUUUGUGCUAUUUUCUGUCAUAGUAUUUGUGAGCAUGAGACUGUUAGACCCUAAUUUGAGGCAGAUUUUUGUUGGAUAUCUGAGUGUUGCUUCUCUAAUCUCCAUGUUUGCCUCUCCCCUGCUUAUCAUUAAUUUGGUGAUCAAGACAAGGAGCGUUGAAUACAUGCCAUUUUAUCUGUCUCUUUCUACACUCUUGAUGAGUUUUGCCUUCUUUGCAUAUGGAAUGUUCAAGCACGAUCCAUUCGUUUAUGUCCCAAAUGGGAUUGGAAUGUUGUUGGGCAGCACACAGUUAGCCCUGUAUGCCUAUUACAGCUCCGCAUCCAGAGAGGACACAGAACAGCUCCUGUUCAAUCCAUAAAAUGUCAAAGGAGAGCAAAUUGUACUGGAGAAGAGACAUCCAUGGAAUGUAUAAUAUGACGUUUAUAAAAAAAAAGAUGGUACCCAAAGUGGGAUAGAGGAUUUGUACUUAAUAAGGUGAGUGCCACUCAAGAGAGAUCAUUUUUUUAUGGCCAUAUGGAAAAGCAUUAUCCAUUGAGGUUUUGAUUUCUCUCGAGCACGAGAAAAGUGUAAAAUGGAUAAUCACAGCAUUUAUAUGUGACUUUAUAUGCUGUGCUUGUAUAUAUAGUUGGAUUGACAUUUUGUUUGACAAUUCAGACUAAAAUAAACUCUCUUAUUAACG